CUCUGAUAGCCAAAGGAGAUCCCAUGGUGGAAAAAAACCCAGUAAUGAAUAUGAAAACACUUUCAUCCAAAAGUCAGUCAUCAGUAUAUAUGAGAAAACUCAUAUACAAAAUCCCUUUGGAAGCAAUGAACAUGGGCAAUCCUGCACAGUGUCAAAAGUUUUAAAUCAGAGAGCACAUACAGGAGAGAAGCCCUUUGGAUGUGAUUCAUUUGGUUACUCAUCAACCAUUAUUGUACAUCAAAGAAAUCAAUCAAAGGAGACACCCCAUGAGUAUCCUCAAAAUAUGAAUGCUGUAAUCCAGACAGCACAGCUCACUGAACAUCAGAGAGCUCAUACAAGACAGGAAUCCAGUGAAUAUAAUGAAUGUGAACAAGCAUUUAAGAUUUCGAACUUUAAAUAUAAGAGAAUUGACACAGUGAAGAAACUUUAUGAGUUUACUGAGUGUAGGAAUGCCUUACACAAGAAGUCUCAUUUCAGCCGUAUUCAGAGAACUCACAUAGAGAAAUCCUAUGAAUGUAAUCAGUGUUGCAGAAUCUUCAGCAGAAAAGCACACCUCACAAAACAUCAGAGGAUACACACAGGGGAGAAUCCCUAUGAAUGUAAUGAAUGUGGCAAAGCCUUUUACAACAAGGCACACCUCACUAGACAUCAGAGAAUACACACAGGGGAGAAACCCUAUGAAUGUUCUGAAUGUGGGAAAACUUUCUGUGUGAAGUCAACACUUACCGUGCAUCAGAGAACACACACAGGGGAAAAACCCUAUGAAUGUAUUAAAUGUGGGAAAACCUUCUAUGUAAAAUCAAAACUUACUGUGCAUCAGAGAACACACACAGGGGAGAAACCUUAUGAAUGUACUGAAUGUGGGAUAACCUUCAGUCACAAGUCGACACUCACUGAACAUCAGAGAACACACACAGGAGAGAAACCCUAUGUGUGUACUGAAUGUGGGAAAACCUUCUGUGUAAAGUCAAAACUGACUGUACAUCAGAGAAUACACACUGGGGAGAAACCUUAUGAAUGUAUUGAAUGUGGGAAAACCUUCAGUGGUAACUCACACCUCACAGUACAUCAGAGAAAACAUACAGGAGAGAAGCCCUUUGAAUGUACAGAAUGUGGGAAAACAUUCAGCCACAAGUCUUCCCUUGUUGAGCAUCAGAGAACACACACUGGGGAGAAACCCUAUGAAUGUACUGAGUGUGGGAAAACCUUCAGUAGCAAUUCAAAUCUCAAAGUACAUCAGAGAACACACACAGGAGAGAAGCCCUAUGAAUGUACUGACUGUGGGAAAACCUACAGUCACAAAUCAAGUCUUAACGAACAUUGCAGAAGACACAGUGGACAGAAGCCCUGUGAAUGUGAUAAAUGUGGUACAUCAUUCUGCCACAAUUUGAAACGUCAUAGACUUCACAUGGGUGAGAAAUACCACGAGCAUAACGUAUGUGGAAAAGCCUUCUUCCAGAAGUCAAACCUCACAGUACACCAGAAAACACACACAGGAGAAAAACCCUAUCUAUGUAAUGAAUGUGAGAAAUCUUUUUACCAUAAGCCAGCCCUCACUGUAUAUCAAAUAAUUCAUACAGGAGAGAGACCCUAUGAAUGUACUAAGUGUGGGAAAACCUAUCAGAAGUCAGCUCUCCGUUGUCAACAUCAAAGAACACACACAGGGGAGAGGCCUUAUAAAUGUAGUGAGUGUGGAAAAUCUUUCUCCCAAAAGUCAGACUUGACUGUGCAUCAGAGAGAAUACACUCGGGAGAAGCCCUACGAAUGUAGUGAAUGUGGAAAGAUGUAUUAUAUGAAGUCAACCCUCAGUAAACAUCAAAGACUUCACACGGGGGAGAAAAUAUGUGAAUGCAGUGAAUGUAGGAAGACCUUCUGUGGGAAGUCAGUUCUCCUUAAACAUCAGAGAGCUCAUACAGGGGAGAAACCUUAUGAAUGUGUUGAAUGUAGGAAAACCUUUUCUGAGAAGCCAACCCUCAGUAAACAUCAGAGGAUUCAUACCGGGGAGAAACCCUUUGAAUGUAACAAAUGCAGGAAAGCUUUCUGCCAAAAGUCACAACUCAUUCAACAUCAGAGAAUUCAUACAGGGGAGAGACCCUAUGAAUGUAAAGAACGUGAGAGAACGUUUUGCCAGAAGGCCUCCCUCAAUGUACAUCAGAGAACACACACAGGAGAGAAGCCCUAUGAUUGUAACGAAUGUGGAAAAUCUUUCUUUAAUAGUUCAACCCUCGUUAAACAUAAGAGAAUUCACUCAGGGGAGAAACCCUAUAAUUGUAAUGAGUGUGGGAAGACCUUCAGCCACAAACCCACUCUUGCCACACAUCAGGGAAUACACACAGAAGAGAAACAAUGUAAAGACAUUUGUACAAAACACUCCUCCCAUAAUUCAGAGCCUUUGGUAUGACAGAAACUAUAUCUGGGGAAGAAACUCUAUGCGUGUAAUGAAUGUGAGAAGUCCUUCUACCAGAAGUCAGCCUUCAGUUUAUAUCAGAGAACUCACACGGAAGAAACCCUGGCAGUGUUUUUAUCAAUAUACAUUUCCUUUUGCUACUGGGCACAUUGCUAAUCUGUAUUUCUGAGUUUCUCUUGCAACCACAUGGGACAAUGUGAAUGAGAGCUGGCCAAUGAGAUGUGUGCAGAAUGAUGUCAUUCACUUCUAGGUCUGAGACAUAAUGGGCUCCAUGGCAGUCCUUUGUGUUCUCUGUUCUCUGUGGGGUAGGAAUGUAGUUGCCUUCCAUUGAGAGGUCUGUAUGCACUGUAUGUUGGUGAACUCACACAAGAGUGGAGACUCCUGUCAAAAUCCUGAAUGUUUAGAAGCCUCGUCCAUAAAUCAAACUCACUGUAAUGGGAAAAAUCAGAGUCAAGAAAUCUAUUGGUUAC